CUUCAUUCUGAUUCGCUGAAAUUAGUUGCACUCGCGUAAAGCUUACUUCCUCUGCCGGUUGUGCAAGAGGAAUAAGCAUGGAAAAUGAUAUUCUUGAUACCCUAGAAGAUGUAGGGUACACUGGACCACUUCUAGAUCCAUCUGCUUUAUCUGAAGCUGUGAAUCAGGGUCCAGCAUCAACAGAGUUCACACAGCUGGUGUCAUGGCUUACAGACAGGCUGAAGAGCUUCUAUGGCUUAGAGGAAAGCAUCAAUGCAACUCACUCCCCUGAUGAUGUUGCCAAUUUUGUUAUGGAACUCAGUGGUUUUCUACGGGAAUUAAAUUGUCCAUACAAACACCUAUAUGAGGGAGGACCUGUCACACAGAGACUGAACAAUAAGGAGAGUGCCCUGCAACUGUUAG